AUAACUAACUCAGUUUUUGCUCCUAUGACACAAGUCAUUCAAGGACAUUAAUUUGAAAUGUUCAUUUAGUUGUGUUUUUUUUCAGACUCCAAAUAGUACAGAUGAAAACUACCUAGACACCUUGGUACCUUCAUUCUACAUUUCCUCGCCUGGAUUUGCUCUGUGACAUUGCUUUCAUUGCUUGGCUCUAAGUUGGCAGAACAAGCAGCUUCUGCUGUUGCAGUCUGGCCUGGAAACUUGAUGAGCAUGGACCAUAAAGGAAAUAUUGGCAAGAAUUAUAAAAUAUAUAAUGUAAUGGAUAGUGAAGGUAGAGAAAAUGUAAGAAUUAAAAGGUUGCAUCAAGAUAAUGAUGAACCAAGAAGAAUAAAAUCUCACAAAUUACAUCAUCUUGAUGAUGAAGCAAAAAGUAAAUUUGCUCAAAGUGUAGCAAGUAAGCUUCAUCUUGAAAAAUUUAACUGUUUUCUUUAUUGCCAUGAAGGCAGCAAAAUGUUUGAGGUUGUGUAUGAAAAUCAAGUUCAUUGUAGUAUGUCAAGCAUUUUAUGUGGAGCUGGAGCUAAAGCUAAAGAAGCUUUUGUGGAUUUAUAUAAUCUUUGGUUUGAUAAAAAUGGGAAUCCAACAAAAUAUUUACUAACUCUUGCAGGGAAUGGCAUUAAACUCCCUAACAUGUCCAGUAUUCUAAACGGAGCAGGUACAAAAGCCAAAACAGCUUAUGAAGAUCUCUAUAAUCUUUGGUUUGACAAAAAAGGAAAACCAACAAAAUAUUUACUAACUCUAGAAAAAAAUGGAGUUAAACUACUGAAUAUGUCAAGUAUUUUGAAUGGAACUGGUACGAAGGCUAAAGCAGCUUAUGAAGAUCUUUAUUAUAUUUGGUUUGAUAAUGAAGGCACUCCUACUAAAUAUUUGCAAACUCUGGAAAAAAAUGGAGUGAAUUUGUCAAAUGUGUCUAGUAUUUUAAGUGGAACAGGAACAAAAGCUAGGCAAGCUUUUGAAAAUCUAUAUAAUCUUUGGUUUGAUCAUGAAGGAAAUCCAACUAGAUAUAUUCUAAGUCUGGAAAGAGAAGGGGUUAGUCUAUCUAAUAUAUCUAAUGUUUUACAUGGAUCAGGAAAUAAGGCUAAACAGGCUUUUGAGGAUCUUCAUAAUUUGUGGUUUGACCGUGAUGGAAAUCCCACUAAAUACUUACAAGCUCUGUGGAAAAAUGGAGUGAGCUUGCCCAAUGUGUCUAGUGUGUUACAUGGAACAGGAGCAAAAGCUAAGCAAGCAUUUGUAAAUUUGUUUAAUCUUUGGUUUGAUAGCAAUGGAAAUCCAACGAAGUAUUUACUAACUCUUGAGAAAAAUGGUGUAAAUUUAACCAAUGUAUCCAGUAUUUUGAGUGGAACAGGAGUUAAAUCAGAUCAAACUUUCAAGGAUCUUUAUCACCUCUGGUUUGAUGAUGAGGGUAAUCCUACCAAAUAUUUGAAUGCUCUUGACAGAAAUGGAGCAACUUUACAUAAUAUAUCUAAUAUUUUGCAUGGAACAGGGAGUAAAGCUAAAAAAGCUUUUGAGGAUCUAUAUAACCUAUGGUUUGAUAGGCAUGGAAAUCCAACUAGAUAUUUACAAGCUCUAGAGAAUAAUGGGGUGAAUCUAUCAAAUAUUUCUAGUAUUUUGAGUGGCACUGGAGUUAAAGCCAAACAAGCUUUUUUGAAUCUUUUUAAUCUCUGGUUUGAUACUGAUGGGAAUCCAACAAAAUAUUUAGACAAUUUCACUAAUGCAGGCUUCAAGAUUAAUAAUUUAUCAGGUAGUUUGAGUGGAGCUGGACUUCACGCUUAUUCUGCACUAAAAGAUUUUCAUGAGACUUGUUUUGAUGAGAAUGGUAACAAAACAAAGUAUUUAGGGGAUUUCAUGGAAGCAGGUUUCAAAAUGCGCAACAUAUCAUGUGCACUUUGUUCAUCAGGAACUAAUUCAGCAUCCACUUUGAAAAAAUUACAUACUAUUUGUUUUGACAAUGAAGGGAAUUCAACAAAAUAUCUCAAAGAUUUUACAAAGCCUGGCAUCAACUUCAGGCCACGUGAUUUAUGCCUCAUCCUCAGUAAAGGUGCUGAUAAUUUUACAAAAUUUCAUGAUAUUUGUUUUGAUGAACGAGGCAAUCCAACAAAAUAUUUGAGUGAUUUCAUCAAGAUAAGUUUUACACCAAACCUCUUAUCCAGAGUGUUGCAUGGAGCAGGAAAUAAUAUUUGUUCUGCUCUGAAGGAUUUUCAUGAAGUUUGCUUUAAUGUAGAUGGGAGCAUAACAAAAUGUUUAAAUGAUUUCAUUAAAGCAAAGUUUACACCAUACAAUUUAAGCAAAAUAUUGUUCAUAUCAGGGUCUAAUGCUGCAUCCGUUUUACUUGAUUUCCAUAAUCUAUGUUUCAUUAAAAAGAAAUGUUAUAUAAAUCAUUUCUUGGCUGUAAAAGAAGUCUUUGAUAUAAAUAAGUUAUCUAAUCAAUUAUUAUGCGGAGCAGGAACCAAAACUUGUUCAGUUUUUCAAAAAUUACAUGAUAUAUGUUUUGAUAAUGAAGGAAAUCUGACAGAAUAUUUUAAUACCUUGACUGCUGAACAUGAGACCAAAAUAAUUCUUGAUUUGUUAUACAACUCAACAAGAAAUACAUGAUAUAUAAAUCCUUGAUAUAAAUUAAUUGUAGUAAUGUCCUGGGAGUUCUGUGGCUGAUGUAGUAACUAUUGUUCAAAAUUAUUGGAUUAGUGAUUAAAAUAUGGUGAAUGAUUAAUCAAAUUCUAGAUCCAGUUAGUAUGACGUAGAUAAUUUACAAUGAAAAUGAGUUAUUUUCCAUUAAAGAGAAAAUUAUGGAAUUAUUUAAUCAUGAUAUUUUAUUAAUUAUUGAUCCACUCAAUUCAUUACAUCUGAGUUGUAUUGCAGUUUUGAAAAAAUAGGGGUGCUAUUCUUAUUUAUAGAUCAUGGAACGGAAUUUUGUAUUUUGUAAUGUAGUAUUUUGCAAGCAACAAUGAUUUUUGCAUUAUUUAUAAUUUAUAAUAUUCUCAAAUCAAAUUUACCAUUUGUAUAAUUGCAGUGAUUAAAAGUCUGUAGAAUUCAUAUUUGGUAGGACAAGAUUAGAAGAACUACUGAAAUUUCAUGCUGCAAAAAUAUUUAUCCAUAUAUAAAUCUCUACAUUUCUAAAUAUAAAAUUAAUAAUGCUGCUCUAGGUGAAACGACUGAUUAGAGUCAUUGCUACUAUUAAAGUAUUAACGUGGGCGCGUUAGCAGCAAUACGCACACUUAUUAUAUAUAGGUGCUAAUUUACACUUGCUGCAUGAGCUUCAUCCAUUAAUUAUCAAUUACCCGACUUGAUUUUAAAGUGUCUUGUAUUAGGAACAAAAGGCUGUGUAAAUAAAAAUUUAUAAUGAAUCUUUUUUUUAAUAUGAUAAGAGAAUCUUGUGCAACUUAUAUUAUUCCGUAACUCAUUUAAGGUUUAUUUGUAAUUCUUCACUUAACUACCCUUGAAACUCGUGUUUCAACUCAAGGAAGGUUGUUACAGUUGAUGUGAAAUCUAUGUAUAAAUAUUGAUUUAUAUUGUGUAGUAUCAGGAUCAUCCAGGUGCUAAGGACCCACUGCUUCAUUGCUAGACAGGUAAUUUAUAAGUUGACCUUUACGUAUAUGUUAUUGCUGAACUUAUUUAAUGUAUGAUUGUCGUCGGCUUCAGGUUUAUUACUCGAGUACCUGAUGUUGACCACGUUGUGAUCUGGUAGAGCAUCUUGAUGAGCUGCUGUGGUGCAGUGGUGAGAGACUCAGUCUCUCGCACGCAGCUCCCGGGAUCGAGUCUCACUGAGGACAAGUACUUACACGAAGUCACGAAGUUCAGCUCAUGGCCAAAUAAGCCUUUCAUCUAAUUCUGGUGGAUAAAUGAGUACCUUGCUUGUCCAGUGUGUUGGGUAACGCAAAUAUGGUUCUGGCGGGUCAGCCGGUCAGUGAUGGUCAUAGACUACCAGUACCCUGACUGCCCUGAAAAACUGACCUAUCACCACCUCCCCCCCCCCCUUCCUUGUCGCCACUACUAGGAUGGGCAACUACAACAACAGCAACAAAAGGUACCUAUCUACACGAUCCACUUGAACGCAAGCUUGAGCCGGGUUCAAAGAAAUGCUGUCACACAUGAUCAAAUCCCCAAUACAGCGUGAUGAACUUCUGAAUUUAGUAACUUCCUAGCACAAGUACAACUGAAGUGUAGUUGUAACUGAAUUGUAGAAUUUUCGAGCAUCUGAAGUUUUGUAACAAUGCAAGUAGAGUAGUACUAGUUAUACAUUGAUAAUAAUAAAUAAAUUACUGUGUGCGCGUGGAAAAUUAAUCCACUAGGCCUGUCGCAUAUGCUGAACAUGGCAUAACUUUGACAGCUUACUGCGGGUCUUGAACACGUAACUCAGUGCUCCUGUUGCGGCGCUCUGAACUUGUACUACUUGGCACCCUGUCGUAGCAUCGUGAGGACAGCUUUGUUACGGCUUUGUUGGCCUCGCGCCGAUUUGUAAUCACCCGCCACCUGGCCGAUUUUGACCACAAAAAUUCCGCUAAUAAUAGCGAGCUUACAACCCCAACUCGCUGCUCUAUUGGCGACCAUAACCACUCGGCCAAGAGUGGUUCAUAAAUGGCAGCACUAAAAUAUCCAACCCUUUCGCGAUCAUCCUCAUUUAUUGGACGGCGCUCGGCCAUACCCCCGAAAGGCGAUAAAUUUUUUUUAUUAAAGCAUGUCUCCUUCCAUUUGGGGGCUUUUGCUCUCAGGCUUGGCCAACUAAGGCUUGUCAUUUUGAAUGUGAUACAGCCGAUUGAAUCAAUUCGAAUGCAGUUAAUUUAUUCAAUAUGAUUAAUGUAUUUAGAAUACGAAAUGAAUAAAAAGUCAGUUAUUUGUAAAAUGAAAGCUGCUUUUUCAUUAUGUAUAAGUAAGAUCUUUUCAGAUAGUUACAAUGGAUCCGGGUUACUAAAAGCUAAUUCAAAUUUAACACCAUCGUUCUGGUAAUUCUUUAGUUUUAAAUUUUGUUUAAAAUCUACUUCGAAAAGUAGCCUUUAGCUCAAUUGUUGCGAGAUAAUUACAUAUGCGCUCUCUUAUUAACAACAGAGGCGCUAUUAUUCUUUUCAAGUAUUCAAGCCAAGUUACCGUCCGUGGACGAGUGGCGUGCAAGGAACCUUCUUAGUUUUUAGUUUUACCCACUUACCAUUACGAUUGAGGUUUUACUUACGCAGUUACUACGGUUUAUUCGCUGCACAUAAUAAAUUAUUCGAAUAAAAAUGUCAAGAAUGAC